AGCAGACAAUGAUGAAAUAAAUUCUGUUAGUGUGUGACUAUUCAUCGGUGAAAAAGAAAUUGUAAACUUAGAAUUUUGCACUUCUGGUAACAAUCCUUGAUCAAAUGUACCGGAGUAUACUACUAAAACUUUAAUUUCCCAACAAAAUUACAGUAUAUGGUGUUAAGAAAAAUUUUACUUUACCAUAAUUCUAAAGUAGUUCGUCCUUUGAGUCGCACAAUUGGCAGCAGUUUAGCGAACACGUAAUUGUACUUCCUACCCUGUGCAAAUGACGGUUGUUUUGUGCAGCGAUCACCAGAAUGCACAACCUAACCUAACCUCUUAUGUCCGAUAUAAAUCCAAAAUACGUGACCAGUGUUUGUAUAUUUACGGAUAAAAAUUAUCAUUCGGUCUAAGAAUCGAACAACGGUAACUUAUAUUGUUGAAGAAUGAAGAGUUAUCUGAUAUUCUUGGGUUCAGUUUGUUUGUCACUGUCACUUGGUGCCAAUGUCAAUGACGGUACGAAGAGAAAAUUACAAAUUGGCAUAAAAAAACGAGUGGACAAAUGUAAAGUCAAAUCGAAAAAGGGGGAUACUUUGUACGUGCAUUAUGUGGGAACAUUGGAAGAUGGUACAGAAAUUGACAGUAGUUAUAUUUAUGGUGAACCCUUGCCGGUGACUUUAGGCUAUCGUCAAGUCAUCAAAGGAUGGGAACAAGGUCUCAUGGGAAUGUGUGAAGGAGAAAAGAGAAAACUUGUAAUACCACCAGAUCUGGCUUAUGGAACACCUGGCGCAUUACCAAAAGUACCUCCAAAUGCAACUGUUAUAUUUAUAAUAGAACUCAUAAAACUUGUGCCAAAAGAAGAACUGGAAGAAGUUGAUGACGUUGUUAUUCGAGACGAACUUUAAUGCUUCUUACUAAUUGGUCAAAAUAUUUUUAUCUGAUAUCGAAUAAAUUUAUAUUUCGUUGA